GCAGGGGCCGGAGAGAGGUGAGGGAAGGCUGGAGAGGGGUGAGGGAAGGCUGGAGAGGGGUGAGGGAAGGUUGCCCUGCCCGUCGCCAUGAGCGCAGGCAAAGCAGGCGUCACCCUCCUGCUCCCCCUGGCCCUGCUGCUGGCCACUGCCUCCCAGCCCCCUGGAUGGGACAAUCCCAAGGACCAGGGGGACCCAGACCCCCCCCACUGCCCCAGCCCUUGUGCCUGCAGCUUGGACGACUACAGCGAUGAGCUCAACAUCUUCUGUAGCACCCGCAACCUGACGCACCUGCCCGAGGACAUCCCCCCCGGUGCCAAAGCCCUCUGGCUGGAUGGCAAUAACUUCACCCUGUUGCCAGCUGCUGCCUUCAGGAACCUCUCAGCCCUGGAUUUUCUGGACCUGCAGAGCAGCCAGCUGGCUGCUGUGGAGCAGCACACCUUCCACGGGCUGAGGAGCCUCUACCACCUCCACCUGGAACGCAACCGCCUCAAACAUUUGGCUCCCCACACCUUCCUGCACACCCAGAACCUUGUCUCCCUCAGCCUCAACAACAACUACUUCAGCAAGGUGGAGGAAGGGCUCUUCGCUGGGCUCUCCAACCUCUGGUACCUGAACCUGGGCUGGAACUCUCUCGUGGUCCUGCCUGACAAGGUCUUCCAUGACUUGCCCAACUUGAGGGAGUUGAUCUUGGCUGGAAACAAGCUUGCCUACCUCCAGCACCAGCUCUUCUGCAGCCUUACUGAGCUGAAGGAGCUGGAUCUGAGCGGGAAUGCUCUCAAAGGCAUCAAGAUCAACAUCUUCAUCAAGCUGCAAAAGCUCCAAAAGCUGUACCUGAACCACAACCAGAUCAAUGCCAUUGCUCCCCGAGCUUUCAUGGGCAUGAAGUCCCUGCGGUGGCUGGAUCUCUCCCACAACCGGCUCACCUCGCUUUUUGAGGACACAUUUCUGGGCCUCCUGAGCCUGCACGUCCUCCGGCUGUCUACUAACUCCAUCACCAGCCUGAGGCCCAGGACUUUCAAAGACCUCCAGUUCCUUGAGGAGCUGCAGCUGGGGCACAACAGGAUUCGGAGCCUGGCAGAAAAGACCUUUGAUGGGCUGGGCCAGCUGGAGGUCCUCAGCCUCAACAACAACCAGCUACAAGACAUCAGGGCUGGGGCAUUCCUGGGGCUGUACAACGUGGCAGUGAUGCACUUGUCUGUGAACUGCAUCAAGGUCUUCCCUGACUAUGUCUUCAAGGGGAUCACCAAGUUGCACAGCCUCCACCUGGAGCACAGCUGCCUCAGCAGGAUCCAAGCUAACACCUUCUUCGGGCUCUCCAGCCUGCGGAGGCUCUUCUUGCAGCACAAUGCCAUCUCCCUCAUUGAGGACCAAAGCUUCAGCGAACUGCACGAGCUCCUGGAGCUUGACCUGAAGCACAACAGGCUAAGCCACCUCUCACCCCAGCUCUUUGUGGGUCUAAGCAACCUGGAGUACCUCUUCCUCUCCUCCAACCAGCUCCUGGACAUCUCCCAGAACACCUUCAGCUCUCUCCAGAAACUAUUCUGGCUUGACCUCUCCCAUAACCAGCUGGAGAUGCUGGACAAUGCCGUCAUCUCCCCCCUGGCCAACUUGCGGUACCUCAGCCUGAAGAACAACUCACUGGAGACCUUCUCAGUGGCCUUCCUGUGCUCCUCCUUCACCCUGGAGCAGCUGUGGCUAGGCGGCAACAAUUGGCAUUGCAACUGCUCCCUGAAGGGCCUGCGGGAUUUCUCCCUGCAGCACCCCACAGUGGUCCCACGCUUUGUGCAGUCUGUGGCUGAGGGGGACGAUGCCCAUGUCCCCAUCUACACCUACAACAACCUCACUUGCCUCCAGCCCCCAGCCAUGGCAGGCCUGGACCUCCGGGACACCACCGAGGACAGCUUUGCCCACUGCUGAAGGGUGCCGAGAUGUCUUCCUGAAGGACAUGCUGCUUCAUGGCCACGGUCCCUUGUCUGCCACCUCCCUGGGGACGUAACAGGAGCUCCAGCUCCACAGCCACCCCAGGUUAGCCCAGCUUUGCCACCACCUCCAGCUGCCCACCUUGGAGCUGCUGCAGCAGGGAGAGCUGGGCCCAGGUGAUGCUGGAUGGGUCCCAGCUCCCCAGAUUGCAAACUGAAAUAAUUCAGAUCUUGGCUAUUUAACCUGGGGCAGUGUGAUAGCUCCUGGUUCCUGUUGGAACACAAAAAUCAUGAUGCCCCCCCGUCCCCUCCCUGGCAGUGUUGAAGGCCAGGUUGGAUCAAGCCUUGUGUGACCUGGGCUGGAGGGAAGUGUCCCUGCCCAUGCAGGGGGCUUGGAUUUUGAUGAUCCUUAAGGUCCCUUCCAACCCAAACCAGUCAGGGAUUCUAUGAACAUCUCCGAGCCUCCAGCAUGGGGGGAAAGAUGCAACCCCAGCCUGCAGCCAUCCCCAUGGUGAGGGACAUUCCUGCUGGGACUAGGACUUCUCACUGGGACAAAAUAAAGCAUUAUCCUACUAUGGAGGAGCUGAGAAACCCUAAAGCCACCCUUGAGCUGCCUGGUAGGUUUAGGGUGCAGGGCUGAGACCUUGGUUUUAUUUCCCCACCCCCAUCCCAGCAGGUGUAGGUAGGGUGCAGGGAGCCCCACACGUCACUCAUCUGAUAAAUGCUAGCAGACAAAUAAACCUUUGGAGCUAUUGCAA